AGUGAGAUGAUCGUCUCAAGCUGAACAUGGAGCUGCUUUUGUUCAUGUUUCUGACUGUAAUUCCAGUUAUAUCUGACGGGUUGACUGUACUUGGUCCCUCUGGUCCUCUGGUUGCUCCUCUGGGAUCCUCCGUGGUUUUGCCCUGUUCUGUUGAUGAACGUUUAUCAGUGGAGGGUCUGGAGGUGGAAUGGAGAAGAACAGAAUCUGAGACAUUAGUUCAUCUGUAUCAGGAAGGUGAGAGUCAAACAGAAUCCCAGCAGCAGGAUUAUCAGGAUAGAGCUCAUUUCUUCACUGAUCAGAUUCAACAUGGAAACUUCUCCCUCCGGCUGGAUGAUCUGAGAGCUGAAGAUGAGGGACAGUAUAAAUGUAAAGUUUACAUUCAGCAAGAGUCUGGUGAGACUGUGGUUCAAAUAAAAGAUGUUGAGCGUUUGAGAGUAUCAGGAUCGAGUCGCUCCAUAUCUGCGUCUGUGGGUGAAGACGUCACUCUCAACUGCUCUGUAGACUCUCACAUCCCACCUGGAGACUUUGAAGAGGUUACAUGGAUGAAAACAGAUGAAAAUAUUCAGGUUCUACUCUACCAAGACAAUGAGGGACAUUCACCAAAUGAGCGAUACAGAGACAGAGUUGAGCUCUUCCCUGCUGAAAUCCACAAAGGAAACUUCUCUCUCAGACUAAAGAGUGUCAGAACUGACGAUAAAGGAGUUUACAUGUGUCAGGUGUUUGCUGGAGAUUUAUCAGCCAACGCAACUGUAGUACUGGAGAGACUGGGUUUCUCUGCUUUACACGUAAUGAUGCUGAUUCUCUGUAUCUCUGCGUCUGGAUCUGCACUUCUGCUCUUCUGCCUGAUCUACUGCAGAUUUAAUACUAAAGGUACCAAUACAACAGGAAAAUAUUCUGAUUUGUUGUGA